GGAAUGCUCGUCGCCUCCUACGCCCGGUUCUGCUCCUCCAGCGGGUGCAACAGGGCCGACAGCAGCAGUGUCCUGUUGGACGCCAUCCCCCGUCCAGCUCCCCCUGUCCCUGGAGACCUGCAGUGUCCUGCCUGUGUUGAGUUGUUUGGAUCCUGCUCAGAGAACUCUGAUAUUGUUACCUGCCCCAAGGGCACCAUUCGUUGUUACCGUGGUUCCAUAAAUCUCAGGGGAGGUGGGCUGUCCUCCUCAUUGGACCUGCAGGGCUGCAUGGCCCAACCUUCCAGAUAUCUGCUGAACCAUAGGCACAAUAUUGGGGUCUUCUCCGUGAUCGAAAACCUGUCCACACGGCUACAAGACAAAAAAAACAGUUUUAUUACUGAAUGAGCAUUAAACCAGAAUGUGACGUGCACCACAGGCAAUCCGCUAGGGAACCGCAAAGACAGAAGGACAGCUCACCCCUUAUCUACCCAGGCAGAUACUGCCCCUCACACACGUGUUCUCAAGGUAAACAAUACGAGUCCUCAUGUAGGAGGACUUGAUGGGGCCAUUGGUCACACUGAGUUCAUUCUAAAUGCAUCUGGUAACUGGGGCCACCAUCUGUGUUAGUUAACUGACUUUAUCCAAACGAAGAAUAACCUUCUCAUCCCUUUACGACUGGAGGUCAUUUUGCCCCAGGAGUGAGGUGUCCACUUCAGUUAGGCUCCUGCCCUCCCCAGAAGCUGGGAGACAGGGUGCUGUCUUCCCUGCUGAUUGCAUUUCAAAGAGAUGGCUUUCCUGUACUUGAGAAAGACAUCCCUGGGCUGUAAGGCUGGCAAGG